GGCCGGGCCAGCCUCCUGACGUCUGUGCGGGGCUCAGAAGAUGGCUGCGGAGCCCAGAACCCGGCAGUGGCUGCGGCGGCGGCGGGCAGGGAGCGCGGCAGGCGGGUGUUCAGCCUGGCGCGUGGGGCGCUGAACCUACAGGCGCGGAGGCGGCCAGGGCGCGUGGGGGGCUGAGGGGAUCUCUGGUCACCUCCUCCCCGCCAGCCGCCGCACGAUGGGCAGCGCUGAGGACGCAGUCAAAGAGAAACUGCUGUGGAACGUGAAAAAGGAGGUGAAGCAAAUCAUGGAGGAGGCUGUCACCAGGAAGUUUGUGCAUGAAGAUAGCAGCCACAUCCUUGCUCUGUGUGGUGCGGUGGAGGCUUGCCUCCUGCAUCAGCUGAGGCGCCGUGCGGCCGGCUUCCUGCGCAGUGACAAGAUGGCAGCCCUGUUCACCAAGGUGGGGAAGACGUGCCCAGUGGCAGGGGAGAUUUGCCACAAGGUGCAGGAGCUGCAGCAGCAAGUGGAGGGCAGGAAACCCUUGGCAGGCAACCAGGAGGCCCUGCGGAGACAGGGCUCUGCCAGCGGGAAGGCCCCAGCCCUCAGCCUGCAGGCCCUGAAACACAUAUGGGUACGCACAGCGCUCAUCGAGAAAGUGCUGGACAGGGUCCUGCGGUACCUGGUGGAGAACUGCAGCAAGUACUACAAGAAGGAGGCAUUACUGGCAGAUCCUGUGUUUGGCCCCAUCUUGGCAUCUCUUCUAGUGGGACCCUGUGUCUUGGAGUACACCAAGCUCAAGACUGCCGAUCACUACUGGACUGACCCCUCUGCUGACGAGCUGGUCCAGAGGCACCGUAUCCGAGGUCCCCCGAAUCGCCAGGACUCCCCAGCUAAGCGCCCAGCCCUGGGAAUCCAGAAGCGGCACUCGAGUGGCAGCACGUCAGAGGACAGGCUAGCUGCCUGCGCCCGUGAGUACGUGGAGUCCCUGCACCAGAACUCGAGGACGCAGCUCCUCUACGGCAAGAACAACGUGCUGGUGCAGCCGAAGGAGGACAUGGAGGCUGUCCCUGGCUACCUCUCCCUGCACCAGUCUGCAGAGAGCCUAACUCUGAAGUGGACCCCCAAUCAGCUCAUGAACGGGACUCUGGGGGACUCUGAGCUGGAAAAGAGCGUUUACUGGGACUACGCCCUAGUUGUGCCCUUCAGUCAGAUUGUCUGCAUCCACUGCCACCAGCAAAAGAGCGGCGGCACGCUCGUGCUGGUAAGCCAGGAUGGCAUCCAGAGGCCACCGCUGCACUUCCCUCAGGGGGGCCACCUGCUGUCCUUUCUGUCCUGCCUGGAGAAUGGGCUUCUGCCUCAAGGACAGCUGGAGCCCCCGCUCUGGACCCAGCAGGGGAAGGGGAAGGUGUUCCCCAGGCUACGGAAACGCAGCAGCAUGCGGUCUGUGGACGUGGAGGAGAUGGGCACAGGGUGGGCCACUGACUACGUGUUCCGGAUCAUUUACCCCGGUCACAGACAUGAGCACAUCACUAUUAACUACCACCACCUAGCGGCCAGCCGCGCGGCCUCGGUGGACGAUGAUGAGGAAGAGGAGGAUAAACUACACGCGAUGCUGUCAAUGAUCUGCUCGCGGAACCUCACAGCUCCCAAUCCGAUGAAAGGUGCCGGCGACAUGAUCGAGAUGCAGGGCUUAGGGCCCAGCCUGCCAGCCUGGCACCUGGAACCCCUGUGCAGCCAGGGCACCUCCUGCUUCUCCUGCUCCACCAGCAGCUCCCCGUACACAGCCCCCAGCCACUGCAGCUGUGUCCCUGACCGGUUGCCCCUCAGGCUGCUGUGUGAGAGCAUGAAGAGGCAGAUCGUGUCCCGGGCCUUCUAUGGCUGGCUGGCGUACUGCCGUCACCUGUCCACGGUGCGGACCCACCUAUCAGCACUGGUGCAUCACAACAUCAUCCCGCCUGCCCGGCCCCCGGGGGCCUCAGGGGGCCUCACCAAGGACGUGUGGAGCAAGUAUCAAAAGGACGAAAAGAACUACAAAGAGCUGGAGCUGCUGCGGCAGGUCUACUAUGGAGGCGUGGAGCACGAGAUCCGCAAGGAUGUCUGGCCCUUUCUGCUUGGCCACUACAAGUUUGGCAUGAGCAAGAAGGAGAUGGAGCAGGUGGACACGGUGGUGGCAGCGAGGUACCAGCGGGUGUUGGCGGAGUGGAAGGCCUGUGAGGUGGUGGUGAGGCAACGGGAGCGGGAGGCUCACCCAGCCUCACUCACCAAGUUCUCCUCGGGCAGUAGCAUCGACAGCCACGUGCAGCGCCUCAUCCACCGAGAUUCCACCAUCAGCAAUGACGUAUUUGUCUCUGUGGAUGACCUGGAGCCCCCAAGGCUGGAAGAUCCCAUACCGGAGCCUGAGCCGGGGGUGGGGGCCGGGCCCCCCAGCACCGCCAUGGUGGAGCAGCAGUCAGUGGAGUUCGACUCUCCAGACUCAGGACUGCCUUCCUCUCGCAAUUACUCCGUGGCCUCGGGCAUCCAGUCGAGCAUAGAUGAGGGACAGAGCGUGGGCUUUGAGGAGGAGGACGGCGGCGGGGAGGAAGGCUGUGAUGCGCCGGUCCCUGCAGCCCAGGCUUUCUCUGAGUCCCAAGAUCCCAGCCAGGAGAAGGCCUCACGGGCUGGCGAGCUGGAGGCAGGGGAGGAGCUUGUGGCUGUGUGCGCUGCCGCCUACACUAUAGAAUUACUGGACACCGUGGCCUUAAACCUGCACCGCAUUGACAAGGAUGUGCAGCGAUGUGACCGCAACUACUGGUACUUCACGCCCCCCAACCUCGAGAGGCUCCGAGACAUCAUGUGCAGCUAUGUGUGGGAGCACCUGGACGUGGGAUACGUGCAGGGCAUGUGCGACCUGUUGGCUCCUCUCCUGGUCAUCCUCGACAAUGACCAGCUGGCCUACAGCUGUUUCAGCCACCUCAUGAAGAGGAUGAGCCAGAACUUCCCCAAUGGGGGCGCCAUGGACACCCACUUUGCCAACAUGCGCUCCCUCAUCCAGAUCCUGGACUCAGAGCUGUUUGAACUGAUGCAUCAGAAUGGAGACUACACUCACUUCUACUUCUGUUACCGCUGGUUCCUGCUGGAUUUUAAGAGAGAGCUGCCGUAUGAGGAUGUGUUUGCUGUGUGGGAGGUGAUCUGGGCGGCCCGGCACAUCUCAUCAGAGCACUUUGUCCUGUUCAUCGCCCUGGCCCUGGUGGAGACCUACCGCGAGAUCAUCCGCGACAACAACAUGGACUUCACCGACAUCAUCAAGUUCUUCAAUGAACGGGCUGAGCAUCAUGACGCCCAGGAGAUCCUGCGGAUCGCCCGGGACCUCGUCCACAAGGUGCAGAUGCUCAUAGAGAACAAGUGAGGGCUGUGGCCGGGAGGCAGCAGCCGCCAGAGCCUGGGCUCCAGGGCCUCCAGAGCCUCCUGGGCCCUUGGGCCCUGCAGAGGGAGGUGCCCCAGCCAACCCCGCCUGUUCAACUGUGUUCCUAACAAAGUGCUUGUAAACCUGGGAUCCGACUCCAGGCAGUGCUAGCCCUGCAGGGCGAGUCAGGGGCCAGGAAGCCCUCGGAUCAGGGCCAGGAUGGGAGAGGUCAGCCUCCUGGAGUGGCUGCCUUGAGGGACACUUACUCUGCUCCCCUCUCAGAUGCCUGGAGAUAGCCCCACUGCCACUGGCAGCCUCGGCCUGGGCAGCUCCUCGUGGCCUCUCCUGGGGCCCUGUAGUUAGGAGGGCUGUAGCUGCCUGGGCCUACCUGAGUGGGUCCAGGGGACCCUGUGCUGUAUCCCUGCUGAGCGUCCCUCUGCAGGUCCAGUGCAUGUGCACACACCAGCCCCAGCUGGGGGGUGCUCUGGGUGCAGGAGACCUGCAUUCACAUCCUCCCCAGAGACUGGGGCAGCCCAACAACGUGGGCCCUGGGUGGGAGCAACCCACCUCAGCAGCACUAACACUGCCUUUGGCCACCUGAGGUGACCCCAUGCACUCCCCCAGCCCAUACAGUGCACCCACAUGUGCCUGUACAGCCUCAUUCUUAACACCUGCUCGUGCUUUAUGCGUCAGAUGCAUCCCUGAAAACUGUAUAAACGACGCUUUGGCCACCUGAAUGAACUGGAAUGUGGUGGGAGCACUUGCUUUUGAGAGGAACCCCAGGGUGGUCUUUACGAGGCAGCCCUGUCAUGGCCUCCUCUCAGGGAUGGGUUCAGAGCGCAAGGCAGCCUGUCAUCUACCCAAGGCAUCUCCGGAGUCCCUAAGGCGGAGGGGAGGGCGCUUAGCUCUCCCCAGUGUGUCCCUGGUGAGAAGCAAGGCUAGGUCUUCUUCCACAUGCUUCUCAGGAUGCCGAGGAUGCUAGGGACCCAGAAACCCCCUUGGAGGAACCUCACUUAUGGAGGUGCUAGGAAGGGCCCAGCUCCUGACCCCUGGCCUCGUCACACAGCUUGCUCUGUCAUCCACACUUAACCGUCCCAUCAACACAUGCAGGAUAGGCCUUGCUCUGGGGCCAGGAGGCCACUAUGCCACAGGGGCUGGGCCUGCCCAGAGGUCACUAAGGUCUGGAGACGUCCUGCAUUUGAGAAACACGGGAAAGGGCCCAGCAGCCACUCUGCACCUGGCAGUCUCCCCAGCCCAGCCCUGCCCGAGGCGCUGCACGGCCUGUGUGGGGGCAGCCUGCCCCACUGCCUACCUGUUGUGUGAGUCCUCGGCCUCCAUCAAGUAUGGUGGCCAUUGUGUGCCUGCCUUAGUGACUCAGUGGUUUUGUGAGGAGCAGAGUGUGUAUGUUUUUUUGGCUCAGAAACUAUACUCUUCAGUGUAACAGACCAAUAAACACAGCAUUUGGC